AUGGCCCUUCAACUCCUCCUCGCGCACAAAAUAACCACUCCUCCGCCGGCCGCCGCCCGCCAAUCUCCUCCGCCGGCGCGCCUCUCUCCGCCCUCCCGCCCCUCCCCCCUCCUCUCCCCUCCCUCUUCAUCAUCAUCAUGCAUCAUCAGCUUCGUCUUCUUCGUCGUCUUCGGUCUUCUACUCCUUCGCCACAUUUCUCUGCAGCGGCUCAAAUGCUUUGAUCCGGCGCCGAGGCCGACCCGGAGCGCGUGGCGGAGCUCUUCCUUCGGCGUCGGCCAGCGUCCGCGCUUCUACGCGUCAGCGCCCGCUCUUCUCCAUCGCCGUGCUGAAGCUCUCCCGCGCCUUUCGCGACGCCCCGACCUCGUGCGGCGCCUCCUCGACCCGCUCCUCGCCUCGCCGCUCGCCCCCGCCUCCGAGGGCUUCCUCGCCCGCGUCCUCUCCCUCUACUCCUCCGCCUCCCUCCCCGACGCCGCCGCCGACGCCUUCCUCCGCCCCCCCCCCCACCCCCGCUCCGACCUCGCCCUCUCCGCCCUCCUCUCCGCCUUCCUCCACAACCGCCGCUUCCGCGACCUCCGCCUCGCCUUCGACCGCGCCCACCCGCCGCCCGGCGUCGCCUCCCACAACGUCCUCCUCCGCGCCCUCUGCGAGACCGGCGACGUCGCGGGCGCCCGCAACCUGCUCGACGAAAUGUCCCGCCCCGACAACUCCCGCCCCGCCCCCAACGUCGUCUCCUACAACACCCUCCUCACCGCCUACCUCAAGAACAGCGGCGAAGGCGCCGGCGACGAGGACUUGGACGAAAAAUUCGACGAGAUCCUCCACGAGAUCGCGCGCCGGGGAAUCGAGCCGAGCGUCGUCACGUUCAACUGCCGGAUCGCCCGGUUCUGCGCCAAAGGCGAGAGCUUUAAGGCCGAGGAGCUGCUCGACGUGAUGCUUGCCAAGGGGAUCCGGCCGAACCUCGGCACCUUCAACGCGCUGAUUGCGGGUUUCUGCAAGGAAGGGGACGCGGAUGCGGCGGUUGGGGUUUUCAAGAGGAUGAAGGCGAUGAAGAGGCGGAACGGGAGUGACGGCGUCGCGCCGAAUGCCGACACGUACGUCGCGCUGCUGCGCGCUCUGAUUUGGAAGGGGGAUUUUGAGGGGGCUCUGGGGAUCUGCAGGGAGUGCUUGGCCAGGAAGGUCGCGCCGCCCUUCGAGGUGACAAAAGGAUUGAUUGAGGGUUUGGUGAGGGAGUCGAAGGUCGAGGAGGCGAGGGACGUCGCAGAGAAGAUGAGGGCGGUGGUUAGAGGCGACGCGAAGGAUGCUUGGGAUAAAGUUGAAGGUGAGCUCUCUUUGGAGAAGGGAACCGAGGAUUCAGGGCAAUGAAUUAUUGCCAACGAAUAGGAAAUAGGUGAGAUCUUCUUUUGUGCUUUGAAAUGAAGAACAAGAAGAUGGUUUAUGACACAUGAAGCGGAUGAAACUAAACGCAAGUUCAUAUCAUCGAAUGCUUGUUGUGUACAUCGUCUAGCGAGGUGUUUGGAUUGAUGCAAAUGCUUUUCGAUCAUAAACGUAGUUGGAGUAGAAACAUUUGUUUAGUUGUCGAUCAUGAUAAUAUUGAGGACAUAUGCCGCCGCCACCGCCGCCUAGUUAUGAACUGCAUCUUGAAUUGUUUCAACAAAGAUGAAUUUGGAACUUUUGCAGGGACAUCUUUUCGCGACGAAUUGAGUUCCAUGGCUACGAGGUGGAUCUCUUCUGUACCAUUGUAGGUGACAGCUAAUCUAAUAUUUUUACUCUGGCUAAACUUGAUCUACGAUCAGUUUGUAAUAACAUCAAUCCAAGCGCCCCUCAAAGGGCUGAUAUUUCGACUCGAGCUCUUCUCGCGGUGUUUCAGAAUUAUUUUGUUUUUUUUUUCUUUCUAGAAUUACAUGCCUAUGUUGUCAAAACAUGUGUUUUUUGUUCUAUUUGUGACUUUGUUAAUCGUUGACGAUAUACUUUGUUGCUGCAUCAAAAGACCAAUUAAUCAAUAAAAUUAUGCAUGUAUGCCCUUUUCAAUUACU